AUGGAGGGCACGGACAUGGACGUGGACGCGGAGCUCAUGCAGAAGUUCAGCUGCAUGGGCACCACGGACAAGGACGUCCUCAUCACCGAGUUCCAGAGGCUGCUGGGCUUCCAGCUCAACCCCGCCGGCUGCGCCUUCUUCCUGGACAUGACCAACUGGAACCUCCAGGCUGCCAUCGGCGCUUAUUACGACUUUGAGAGUCCCAGCGUUAACACGCCCGCCAUGUCCUUCGUUGAAGACGUGACCAUCGGAGAAGGCGAAUCUGUCCCGCCGGACACGCCCUUCACCAAAACCUGGAGGAUACAGAACUCAGGCGCCGAGUCGUGGCCGGCAGGCGUGUGUCUCAAGUACAUCGGCGGCGACCAGUUCGGUCACGUCAACACGGUGAUGGUGAAGUGUCUGGAGCCACGACAAGUGGCCGAUGUCAGCGUGCAGAUGAGGAGUCCGGCAUCGCCCGGCAUGUAUCAAGGCCAGUGGAGGAUGUGCACUGCCGCCGGCUUGUUCUACGGAGAUGUGAUUUGGGUGAUCCUGAGCGUGGAGGUGGGCGGCCUCCUGGGCGUCACGCAGCAGCUGUCGUCCUUCGAGACAGAGUUCAACACGCAGCCCCAGCGCGACGUGCAGGACGACUUCAACCCCUUCGCCUCGCCGCACAAAAACAAACGAGACGCCGACGGAGACGACGCACCGUCGCAAAAUGCGGACAGGUCGCUGGAUGGACCGCGGGCCAAUCUGACGCCAGUGACGCGUGGGCAGGGUGUUGAAGGACCUCAUCCAUUCGGACAGAGCUAG